AUGGCAGAUGCAUUGCUUGUCAUCAAUUUGAUAAUCGGAUUCUUUACAAUGUGGCAGUCUCUUAUUAGCAUUUACAAAUUUUACAAAAGACAGACACCUAUUUCGGCCGAUACCGGACUAAGAAAUAGAGAAACAAUAACAUUGAAUGAACGGGAACAUAUUGAUGAAAGGACCAACAUUGAGCAAAGACAUGCAGAUUUUACUGUAAACAUACGUGGUAAUAGAAACGAUUUAAACGAUGAGAAUGUUGUUAUUACUAUUGCGUAUAAGGACUUGAUUCUUGACGCGAAGACUCAGUUUCUCAUAUUCAAGGAAAGCAGAGAUGCCGUUAGCAGAAUUGAAUCAGAAACGGAGAGUGUUCAGCAAUUAAUCGAUAAACUAGGUCUUGAAUUGCCAAUGACGGCAGAAGAAUAUAUUAAUGUUGACGAUAAUGUAAUAGCUGGAGGCCUGACAGAUGGAAAAAUUGUAGCAGCGGUGUAUUCUCCUGAAGAAGAACCAGAAAUAACUCAAUCUGCUGCAAUAGAAUUUUUGGCGAGGAUUUUGCAUUUGAUGUUAAAAUGA